AUGUGAGCGCUUACAAUGUAGCUCGUUUGUCGGAUUGGGGACAUCCGAAUCGACCGCAAGGUCUAACAAUAACUGCAACGAAUUUCAAUGAUUUUAUUCGACGCCUUUCACCUUUGGCACAUUUCACUUUAACAACAGAAAACUUGAACGAACUGAAUGCUAUUGUUGAUGUCACCCUGAAAUCACCACCACGAUAUUUAUGCAUCAACUCAGUUCUGACCAUCAAGGGACAUUUUGUAAGAAGCUCCGACAUUCAAGUCUUCAAAUGCCAACCACCGACGAAUUUGGAACAAAUUCGAGUAUUUGCUACACACACUUUCUACGUGGAUACCGAUCUUAAUCUCAAUGGCAUGCCCUGCAUUGAACUGCAUAUUUUGGCAAAUAAAUGGCACAUUUUAAAAGAGUCAACCUUUUAUUUGAAUGGAAACGAUGGAUCAUCGCUACCAUCGUUGGAAUCAUCUGGAGCGGGCGGUAGGCCAGGUAAUCCAGGAAUGAACUCUGGCAACUUCUUUGGAAUAGCACAACAAAUUGUCAAUGGCAACCUACUAACAGUUCAGCUUAAGAGUGGCGAUGGAGGAGACGGACAAGACGGCACUGGUAGUCCAGAUGUUGAACCGACAUUCUAUCCAGAACGUAUUCAUGUGGUUCGUACAGCGGAGGACAUAAAUAGGCAAAGUUUUCAAGACCGUAUUCAGGAGUACAUUGACCAGCACAGCAAUGGCAUUGUUACUUAUUAUAACAGUAAGAACGAUAAGAAAUUCGAUUUUGGUGUUACCGUUGAAGAUGUCAAAUAUAAUUACGAAAUAAAAGCGACACAAACGUGUGGUCCAUCUGGAAUCGGAGGUUCGGGUGGUAAAGGUGGAUAUUCUGGAUAUUAUCACUUUAUUUCAACAGCAAGUCCAGAAACUGCUGCAAAUAAACUACCGAGAGUUGUGAAAAAAAUUGGCAGUAAUGGCAGCGCUGGUGAUGACGGAAGAAACUGUGUACUGUAUAGAAGAGACGUUGUUGCUGACACAAAUAUCGUCAAAUUGUUUGAUGCUCUAUACGUUCAAGACACAACAUUUACCUCAAGCUUGAUCUCAAUCGAUGAAAACCGCGAACAGAGCAUGAGCAUCAUUUCACAAACAUUUCCAAAUUCACCCAAAAGUUUUGACAUAACACCAACUCUAACGGCAUACAAAAGCGUUUUACAGGAAAAUUUUAAUAAUCCAACUCUCUUAGAUAUUGUACAGAAAACAUUGAAAUCAAUCGAUUCUAAUGAGGAAUUGGAUCGUUUGAAGGAACUAAGAGAUUGAAAUGAGAUUUUCGUUUUGAAGUCUAAACAGCUGAACAAAAUAAAUGGCUAAGUUCAAUUGUUCAGGUGUUUUAGAUCAAAAGUAGUUUGAAUUACGGCAUUUCAAAGUAAUUUCAUAAGUUAAAUUGAAAGGGAAGUCUUGGUCCUUAUCAAACAUGGCCCAAUACCAAAAAAAAAACUACUCAUAAUUUAUAAAUUUAUAAUUGAUAACGAUUCAGUUGGAUUUUAGUAAAUUUUACUCAUUCGAUAAGGUAAAAAUAAAUAGGAAUCGGAUUUUGAGUGCACUUGA